AUUUUGUUUGUUUAGAGGGUUAUUCAAACUUUGCUUAUAGUAUAUGAUUUGGACUUUUUCCUGAAAUCAAUGGACGCCGGCAAUCAUGUGGUGGGUGGGAGUGCCGUCGUUCUCCUUCUCCACCAUUGCGCAGAGCACCUCAGCUUACUGGCAGGUCCGCAAAAGGAAGGCGAAGAGGCCGGCCGGCGCGAUGGACCCGGACGGCGAGGUGCUGCACGACUUCUUCCCCUUCAUCCGGCAGUACAAGAGCGGCCGCGUCGUCCGCUUCGGCGCCGCCGACACCGUCCCCGCCGGCACCGACGCCGCCCGCACCGGCGUGUCGUCCAAGGAUGUCGUCAUCGACCCGGGCUCGGGGCUCUGGGCUCGCCUCUACCUCCCGCCGCUCCCCGCCGCGGGGCGCCAGGGCAGGCUCCCCGUCAUCGUCUACUACCACGGCGGCGCCUUCGUCAUAGGGUCAGCGGCGCACCGGCCCACGCACGAGUACCUAAACGGCCUGGCGGCAGACGCCGGCGCCCUCGUCGUCUCGCCGGAGUACCGCCUCGCCCCGGAGCACCCGCUUCCGGCGGCGCACGACGACUCGUGGGAGGCCCUCAGGUGGGUGGCGUCCCACGCGGCGGGUGAAGAGGAGGAGGGACGCGAGCCCGAGCCCUGGCUCGCCGAGCACGGGGACCUGUCGCGCGUGUUCCUGGCCGGGGUCAGCGCCGGCGGCAACAUCGCGCACAACAUGGCCGUGCGCGCCGGCGAGCGCAGCCUCGGCGUGCCCAUCAGGGGGAUCCUGGUGAUCCACGCCUACUUCAACUCUGAAGCGUCGUCGUCGACGACCGGGGUGCUGAGGGACAAGGCCGAGGCGCUCUGGCGGUUCGUGUGCCCCGGCACGCCGGGGCUCGACGACCCGCUGUGCAACCCGUUCUCGGCGGCCGCCGGCGGGAGCGCGGCACGCAUCGCCGCCGAGCGCGUGCUCGUCUGCGUCGCGGAGAAGGACUCUCUCCGGGAGUGGGGCGUCUGGUACUACGAGAGCCUCAGGGCGAGCGGCUACCGCGGCGAGGUGGAGCUGCACGAGUCCGCGGGCGAGGGGCACGUCUUCCACUACACCAAACCGGAGUGCGAGCAGGCGCGGUUGCUGCACGCGCGGGUCCUGAGUUUCCUCCGCCAUGAGUGGGUGUCCGUUCCAAGCUGCUGGCUCUGACGUGGUGAAUGAUCAUCCACUGCUUGGGCAGUAGCGGAGCACAGAUUAAAUUAAAUUUGAGGUGUGGCGGGUAACCAAUUUGAGCAUGAAUUAAAUAGUAGAUCGUAACAAAACAAGAUAAAUGUAUGAAUUUGCAGUGUAUUUGUGAAGAAAUAAUGUACGGCACUGUUGUGCGUGGCCUGUUUGAUGGAGCUAAAGUUGAUUGCUAAA